AUGUCAGAGAAAAGCCUGCCUCUGAUUCCUCGAAAGAACCACCUUGGUCAUGAGACAUCUCACAGUACAGAGCCUACCAUUCCAGAGUGCGAUGAAAAUGCCGAUGCCGCCCAGAAUCCUUUGCGGCAGAGUCCUCACGUCCUGCUUGUCAAAGAAACAACCCCGGCGGAGCUUUUCUACGAUCUCUUCUUCGUUGCGAAUCUGGCAGCUUUCACUUAUGUUCACUCCGUGACAGAUGGUCGGACUCUCGAGCAGUACAUCUGCUUCUUCUGCGUACUAUGGUUCACUUGGUUUCAGGUCACUCUGUAUGACGUGCGCUUCGCUGUCGAUUGCGUUGCAAGCCGCAUCUGGAAGGCCUUCCACUUCUGUGUUAUGAUGGGUCUGGCUGCGACUGGACCCAUGUUCAAGCUCGGCAAUAAAUGGGACGACAGAGGGCUUGCGAUCGACAACUACCUCCAUGCUUUGACCUUGGUCCUGAUGGCGAGCCGACUUAUUCUUGUCCUACAGUACUUGCAGACUGGUCUUUUCAUCAGCAAAUAUAAAGAAACGCGGAUGCCAAUGCUGCUACUGCUGGCCCUUUACGCAAUUGCUGCGACGAUAUAUGGAUCGCUAGCUGCCACUUUUCGUAUCAGUCACGUCGAUGGACAUUCCGACCCUAAUUGGAAGUCACACAAUCACUCCAACAACAGAUCCUGGCUCGCAUGGUAUCUCGUCGGCUUCGCAGAGUGUAUUCUCGCCACCGCCGUCUCCUGCAAAUGGCGCACGAUAGGCUACAAGGGCACCCAUCUGGUGCAAAGAAUGUCGCUUCUGACCCUGAUUAUCAUCGGAGAAGGUAUCAUCACGCUGACAAAGUCUUGUCAAACCAUUGCACGUGUCCACAGCAUCACUUGGAACCCGGUCACCGUUACUGGUCUUCUUUGCGGAGUUCUCAUUCUCUACUUUAUCUACAUGCUAUACUUCGACUGGAUCGAUGAAGGACACCAUUUCGGCUCCAUUCGACAACAAGUCUGGGCCGGCCUACAUUUCAUCCUUCAUCUAGCUGUCGUACUAGCUGGACAAGGUCUCAGUCUAUGUCUUCUCUGGAGUGCACUCACCUACAAAGCCAAGGCACUCACUAACAUGUUCAAACACUGGCUGGGCAUUCUAAAUGGCCAAGGCUACAACAGAGAGAACUUCGACGAAGCGGUCCGUCAAUGGACUGACGUAAGUCGUAACAUUACCGAAGACGAAGGCUACGUUGCCAAGGACCCGGCAACAGUUCUCCGCGACUUGAACGAUGAAUAUUAUAUUCGAGAAGCUUUGAAGUACAUGACGUACCGGAACGAAUCGUGGACUAACGCGAUGCAACUUAUAUUCUAUACCGACUUCCUCGCCAUCAUGACCAUUACAGGCUUCAACAAAGUCAAACUCUACGAUGAAAUCGAAGACUUGAAACUUAUCGAUGAGAAGCUCGAUAUCCCGAACUGGACCCUCGACAAAGGCCGCGUGAAGGAACUGGCAAAGGUGGCAGACAUGUUUCGCCUUACAUACAUCUACUUCUUCCUCUCUCUGGGUAUUGUCGUUCUGGUAUGCACGGCACUGGCAUUUCUAAGCCAAAGAGAGAAGCAAGUGUACCACAAGGCACGACUCUCUUGUAGUAUGCUGGUGGGAGUUGGACUUUGCUGCAUGAUCAGCAUGGCGUUUGGACAUGCCGGAGCUUUUAGAAAAUAUACCGGAAGUCCCAUGCUCAUCCCAUCUGUGGCAAUUCUCUUAUUGCUUGUCGUCAUCCUCAAUAACGCCAAACCUAUCCUACCUUGGGGAAGGAGUUGCAAGAAGUGUAAGCAGAGACAAGUGUUUCCACACCGCAAGAUCGAAGGCGAAGUCACUGAUGAGGAGGAUUCGGGUGGAUUUGACGAUGCUCUGAGGCAGUGUUCUACCUGUACCAUCCAAGAAGAACGACGAGCAUGGCGCACAUGA